AAAGAAAUGGAGAAUUGGUUAUAAGUGUGAACUGAGUUGCAUUAUUUCUAACCUGUCUUCCUCUGACUUUUCGGAUUUCUGUCAUUUCCUUUUAUACACUAUCACAACUCCCACAUAAAGCACUCGUGCAAGACCAACCGCCCAAUAUGGUGUCGACUACUCUUUCCAAUGUGCAACAAGUAUCCUGGGAAAUUAUAGCAGAGGAAAAAAGGCUUCAGUGUUACCAACAGAUCCCUCCAGAAUGGCGACUACCAUCCCAUUACACGGAUCGUGUCACAGACACCUCGGUAUGGGAUGUCAGGGAUGUUCCACGUACAUGUGGCAUCUUGUCAACCCGAGAAGUAGAAAUUACAGAAAAUUUUGAUGCUGUUGCACUCGUGGCCGCAAUUCGAGAGUGCAAGUUCACCUCUGAGGAGGUAGCAAUUGCAUUUUGCAAAAGAGCGGCUGUGGCUGGACAGUUGACAAGAUGUCUCACUGAAACUUUCUUCGAUGAUGCGAUUGCUCGAGCAAAGGACUUGGAUAAGUACCUGGAGACCACAAAAAAGGUCAAGGGUCCUUUGCACGGGCUUCCUAUAAGUCUCAAGGACUCCUUCAACGUCACCGGCGUCCAGACCACGGUAGGCUACGUUUCCUUCGUGGGAAACCCUCCAAAAACUACCAAUUCACCUUUAGUCGAUCUGCUAUUGGACUUGGGAGCUGUGCUUUACGUCAAGACCAAUCUCCCUCAGACUCAGAUGUCUCCGGAGUCGAUGAAUAAUGUCUUCGGGCGUGUUCUCAACCCUCACAAUCUCAGCUGGGGUCCAGGGGGCAGUAGCGGAGGCGAGGGAGCGCUUGUGUCCAUGAGAGGGUCGAUUUUGGGAGUCGGCACAGACGUGGCUGGGUCUAUUCGGAUCCCCUCAUUAUCAUGUGGCGUUUUUGGCUUCAAACCAACAUCUUCUCGCGUUCCAUACGGUGGUCAGGGGUCUGGCGGCCGCAAAGGAAACCCUGGCAUCCAGGCCUGCGCAGGACCACUGGCUACUAGUUUCCGAGACUUGAGGUUUUUCAUGGAAACUGUCAUAGGCGGUAGCCCGUGGAACUACGACGUAACCGCAUUGGCGAUUCCUUGGAGAAAAAUUAACCACCAUGAACGGCCAUUAGUUCUAGGCUGCUUGAGCGAAGAAGAUCCGGCAUACCCUUUCCACCCUCCAGUUAUUCGUGCACUUAAUUCUGCAGUUCAAACGCUUCAGCAAGCAGGUCACACGGUAAAGAAGCUACAAAAAGUGCCAUCGAUUUCAGAUGCAGUGACUAUCGCCUUUCAGAUGUUCAAUCUCGAUACUGAAAAUACAGCAAUGCAACAUGUCGUUGCUGGUGGAGAAUCGCCUAUCCAGUCUCUUGAGACGAGUAACAUGACGUUUCCAGGUCAGACAUUCACGCUCGAUAGCCUGUUCGCGAUGAACCAGGCAAGGAAUAAGUUCAUGGAAGAUUGGCAGAAGGUUUGGCUUGACAACGAAUUGGAUGCUAUUAUCAUGCCCGGUCACAGAAAGACCGCUGGUCCACAUGAAUCAUAUGGCCAUCCGCCUUAUACUCUCAUUUGGAACUUCGCAGACUCCCCCGCUUGCAUCAUUCCUUAUGAGAAAGCAGAUGCUUCUCGAGAUAUUAACGAUCGAGGGCUUGCGGAUUAUAAUGCCGAAAUUGUGCACGGCGCACCAUGUGCAAUUCAGGUAGUAGGACGCAGAUAUCAGGACGAAGAACUACUUUCGGCUGCAGAGGAGAUUGCAUCUGUACUUAAAGUAAAACAAUGAAGUUGCGAUAUAAUCUGUCAUUCAACUUUUGCAUUGUUGGGC